AUGAACCCAUUCCACAAACUCGACCUACCCGACAUAAAACUAAGCAUCCACCGAUCAUGUAUAGGAAUAUUUUCCCGCGUCCUGCCCGGCUCAAAACGCACAACAUUCGUCGCAUUCGACUUCAUGCACGGCCGCUGGACAAAAGUCGCCCUAGAACCAAGCCAACGAAUCGACCAAGUCAUGAACCUAAAAAGAAAUGCCCGAAUGGGCUACGGCUUCGGUGCAUUCAGUCAUCUCGUUUACCUUACCAGCACGACGCGGUGGUGGACACAUGCGUUAAACAGUGUAAACGAACAAUUAGUCGAAUACGAGGCCCGACUGCAGACUGAGCUAAGUGGCUCGCAUAUUACCCCGGAAACGGUUUUCGGCGGUAUCAAUCAGGCGCUGCAUUCUAUUGCGGCGCAUUUACAUCGGUAUAUUUCGGAGUUGAAGUCUUUGCAGGGGAUUGUGGUGGAUUUGGCUACGCAUUUUGAUGCGCUUUGUGCGGAUGAUGAUGAGGAUGAGGGGUUUAAUACACUUCAGCAGGCUUCUAGGGGGGUUUAG